GUUCGAGGUAGCUCGUGAAGCCGUGCCGAUCUCUUGCCUGAGCCAACUUCCCUGGCUGGAACUAGGACGUCCCCAAAACCGGCUCGCCCAUGCUGGCAGGAGAACUCGAGUACCGAAAAGUCGUCUUUGACACAGCUCUCGAGAACCUCAGAGAGGCAGUCCGUCGGAAGGGCGCUCUGACUUGGCGUGCACCGCCCCCACCGUUGCAGCACUUUCAUCCCGCGCUUGGUCUCCGUCUACUUGAAUAGGACCACCCCGAGAUGGCCGAAAUCGGUUAUCGUAAGGACCUAGGGUACGACCCCAACAGGCUUCCUCAAAGACGUGAG